ACCCCCCACCACCACCGCACGCCCACCUACCCCCUCUCCCACUCCCACCGCCGCAAACCACGCCGCCUCCCCCUCGUCCUGCGCUUCUCCAAAGGCGCCGUGCACACCCUCAUCCUCCUCCCCGUAACCCUACACAUGCUCUUCACCGCCCUCAUCGUGUACAUUGACCGCAACGUGCCCGGACUCAGCAUCGGCGUCCCCUCGACCAUCAUCCCGAGCCUGUCCAUUGUAGUGGGUCUGAUGUUGGUGUUUCGCAAUAGCACGAGUUAUGAUCGUUUCUGGACGGGGAGGAAUUGUCUUGGUGGGGUGGUGGGAUGUGUGAGGGUUUUGGCGAGGGGGUUUUUGGUGGCUGCGCGGCCGCCUUAUGAUCUUGGUCCGAAAAACGGCUCUAAAGGAAAUGCGAAAGAGGAGACGAGAGACAGGAGGCUCACGGCAGAGGAGAUUCGCGAUACGGAAACGACGGUUAGGGCAUUAGUCGCGAUCCUCUACGCCAUCAAGCACAAUCUGCGAAAAGAGUACAACGUACCUCUGGAGCCUCUAGACUCCUCCACACGCGCCUCGACCACCAACAGACACUCCGGCCCAACACCACCGCCCACAUCCACGACCCCACUCACCAGCUCCCUGUACCACACGUCGCCUACCUACGAAUCCGCCACGAGCAGCACCACGCUCCAACCGACAGAAGAAUACCUCUCUCUCCUCCCCGCACAUCUCACCCUCCUCCCGGAAUCCCUCGGCCUCAGCACCCCACUCCAACUCUCCCUCCUCCUCGACGCCUUCAUCGCCCGCUGCCUUUCGCGCGCCUGGCUCUCCGCCCCGCAAGCCUCGUUCCUCAACGCCCAAGUCGCACAACUCACGACGCUCUACGGCACCAUGGAAACCAUUGCCUCGACGCCGCUGCCCAUCGCGCACUUGAUCCACGGCAAGCAGGUCCUCGCGCUGUAUACGUGUCUCCUGCCCUUCGCCAUUGUCGAUGCUUAUGCGUGGUGGAGCGUGCCCGUUGUGGGGAUCGUGGCGUUUACGUUGUAUGGGAUCGAGGGGAUUGGACUGCAGUUGGAGGAUCCGUUUGGGUAUGAUAGGAAUGAUAUCAAGAUGGAUGGGAUUGUCGAGGAUGCGAGGAGGGAGGUUGAGGUUUUAGUCGGGGAGUGGAGGGCGUGGGCUGAGGGGGAGGGGAAUGGG